CUUGCUGUUCUUUCUCCGUCCUCGCUCCUUAUCGCUAGCAGCGAGCCCAGACGCCUUGUCGGCGUGCGCAAGAAUAACAUUCUUCACCAACAAUGCCAUCCCACUCCAGGGGCAGCACCGCCCACACUCUCUGGCAGUAUGGCCUUCUAUUCUCCGUCAUUCUCCAGACCUCCGCGGCGGGGGGCAGCGAUUCCCCGUCCAGCGGUAGAAACGGGUACAAUUAUGGACAAGCCAUCCCAGUGACCUGUCUCAAUCGGACCAUCGACUCGGGCGAGCAUAUAACCGACAAUCAAGGACACCUACAAUACAUCCCCUUCCCAACAUGCAACGAGACCUCCCUCCCGCUCGCCCUCCACUACGGCGUCUCCGAGACUGUCAACUGCACCAUCGCCUCGCUCCCGGAUGAGCUCUACCACCUCCUCGAAUACUACGUCCACUCGGACGUGCCCAUGACCUGUCGCGUGCCCACCGCUCCCUUGGCCCAGCAUCUCCUCAACACGCCCGAGACCGCGGACGACGGCCAAGCCGCGGGGAGCCACGAGCUCGAGAUCGACACCGACGGCCCGUCCUACACGCCCAUCACGUUCGCGCUCCAAGGCACGCUCCAGCGGAGCCACCUGCACAUCUGGACGGACAUGAACCUCCUGGCGCACAAUAUCGCGGCGGACUUGAAGGACAUGAAACAAAAGGCAAAGAAGGGUAAGGGCAAGGCGGCGGCCGCGGGCUACGUCGUCGCGGGCACGGCGUACUCGGUCCCGGAGUUCGAUGUCAUCGUUCAACGACAGAUGGAGAAGAAACAUACCAGCGACGAGGAACAGGCGGCGUCCGCGGCCGUGGCGGAGGCGGCCAAGGAUCCCUGGACCGCGGGCCAUGGGACGAAAGUCAUCCGCGGGGAGCCGUUGACGUUCUCGUUUCACGUCAAUUGGGUCGAAGGGGGGAGGGGCAUUGGGUGGCCUUCUUCGGGGCUGGGGUCGUCUGGUACGCUGGGAGGAGGAGACGGGGCCGAAGGCGCGGGUUUCUUCUCGAGACUGGUGUUCUUUGUGAUGGCUGCUGGGGUGGGGGCGGUUGUGGCUGUGUAUUGGGAAAGGAACGGGGGCUCUUUUGGAAUGAGGCGGCGGAGGGGUGAAGGGAUCCUCGGGGUGAGUUCGUCGUCCAGAGGGAAGGUGGGUAAUGGGGCAGUGGGAAUCACGUAUGGGAACGGCGGCAAGAUGAAUGGGUAUGGUGGUUAUUCUUCGGCUGGGGCUGGCAAUGGGGCCGCCGGGGCUGGGUACGGAUAUGGAGGGUAUACCGGUAGUGGGAAGAGGGAUUGA